UAAUCACUAAAUACACAAAUAGUAUAGUACAAUUGAAAUUGGAUUCACUGACAUAAGUGUUAACUUUAUCCUAUAAAUAAAUAAAUAUAUAUAUAUAUAUAUAUGCAGGUUUUGUUUUAAACAAAAUGGAGUCAUUUUAUACUAUAAAUGUAAUGAAUUACAUAUCCAUUUUACGUAUAGUAACCAUCUAAUGAUAUAGUCAAUAUAACUUUACAUAGUUACAAUUUUGCAUAGAAUAAUAAUCAUACUAUACUAUUACUAUCAUUAACUACUACUUAUACUGCUAAUUUAUCAUAGAAAAAAAAGGAAUUUAUAUAUCUAUUUUUAUGUAGUAAUAAUAUCAAUCUGAAUGAAAUUCAUUGGAUUAAAAUUAGUUUUUAAUUUAUUUUGGAAUUUAUAUAAAUUAAAAAAAAUUAUUUUUUUAUUAAUUCAUUUAAUUUUAUUUAAUAAUGAAGAAAUUUUAGGAUCAGGUUAUAAUAUAUCAUUAAAAUAUUAUCAUCCAUAUUCAAGAUGGAGACGGUCAUUAACUCCUUGUGUAUGGCUUGAACGUGGUGGCUUUUUUAAUAUGCCCAAAUAUUAUAAAUCAUUAUCACCAUUUGCUCAACGUCGUCAUAUUUGUUCAAGUUAUUCAAGUUGUCCACUUACAUGGCUUCCAACAAAUGAUGUUAAAUCAUUAACAUUCAAACUUAUAGGUACUGAUGAUAUGCGUGAUUACGAAUUUCAAGCUCAUUUUUGUAACAGAAUAUACGAAGCACGGCAUCGUUAUUGCACUAUGGAAGAAGGAGAAAUCGCAUUUGAGUUGAGGCAGAUAGGGACAUGGUUGAUGGUAGAUCGUAUCAAUUGUCGAUGUCUAGGCAUUGCUGAUGUUGAACGUUAUGGAUAUAGCAAAGGUGUUCAAUUUGGAGACCGCGUUUUUCGUGGUAAUUAUAUACACAUGACAUGUGCAACAAAGGAUGAUUCAUCUAGAAUCUUGUGAGAAUUGAUAUUCAUCAUAAAGUUUGAACUCUCAUUUUCUACUCUUCAUCAGUUUUUUACUUUUAUUGACCUUUACGAAGUGUCACAUUUAUACCUUCAGUUCAUUGAAUACAAACAUGAUAUAUUCAAUUUAUUUCUUUUUGAAUAUUUAUCAUAUACCUCUGUUGUUAUAUUAUUCUCCUUUUUUAUAGCCUCAAUGUAAAGUAGACGAUUUUUGUUAUAUUGAAACACCAAGUACAGAUGGUUAUAUUUAUGGUGGUCGAGUACCAUGUAUUUGUCCAAAACAAUAUCAUUGUCCAAUUUAUUUUAUAAGAGAUAAACGUAUUCCACAAAUUAAUGAUGAUGGACGUGUUAUUAGUUAUGGAAUUAAAUGUAAACGAAGAAAUUAUUGAUUCAUUACAUUAUUCUUUGUUUUGAAUAUAUAUCCCUCCUAGUUACUUUUUUUUUUCUUUUGGCUUGUACUUUAUUUCUGUCAUAUAAGAAAUGAUCUUUUUUUUUGUUUUUCUUUAAUACAAUCAACUUUUAAAUACUUAUUUUACAUUUUACAAUCUACUUUCUAAUUUAUAUGUAUAGCAUACAAUGUUCAAUGUUAGGAUAUUGAAGAAAUAAGGGAAAAGAAGAAACUGUUGUACACCACCACCAACAACAACGAAAGAAUUAAAGUCUUAUUUAUUUUACUGCUGGGAAAAUUUCUGGUUUUAAAAAAAAUUUAAUAGUGAAAUAUCCGUAAAAUUUGUGUUUAAUAA